AUGAAGCCAUCCAUUUUGCUCCUGGGAGCCGCUGCAGUCGGUGCCCUGGCUCUUCCAGCACCUUAUGGUCAUGCUGUGCAUGAGCGACGGGACUUCCUCCCGACUUCCUGGACCGAGGAGAAACGCCUGGAUGCGUCGACCUUGCUUCCUGUCCGAGUUGGGUUGACCCAGUCGAACUUGGCCUAUGGGCAUGAACUUCUCAUGGAGAUGUCGAACCCAUCCUCGAGUCGCUAUGGAAAGCAUAUGUCGGAAUCCGAGGUGCAUGAAUUGUUUGCGCCGAGUGACGAGAGCGUAGAUACUGUGCGCUCAUGGCUGGAAUCGUUCGGCAUUUCCAAGGACCGGAUCUCACAAUCUGUCAAUAAGCAAUGGAUUCAGUUUGAUGCUGGUGCCGAUGAACUGGAAAAGCUGCUACACACCGAAUACUAUAUCUACUCUCAUGCUGACACGGGUCGGUCGCACGUGGCUUGUCGCGAAUAUCAUGUUCCGCACUCGGUGCGUGAUCAUAUCGACUACAUCACUCCUGGUAUCACCCUGCGCGAGGUGGCAAGUGUUCGACAAACCAGUAAUAAGAUUCAAAAGCGUUCGAACGGUCGGCUGCCAAUUCUGGAGCCUAUUCUCAUGCCCAUUGAAGAGAUCCUGAAGAAUGUUUUGCAGGUUUGUGAUACUGCUGUCACGCCCCAAUGUGUCAAGGAAAUGUACAACAUCACUUCCGGAACAACAGCUACAAAAGGGAACGAGUUAGGUAUCUUUGAGGGCGUUGGUGAUGUCUACGCUCAGGAGGAUCUGAACCUGUUCUUCAGCACUCUGGCCAGUGAUAUCCCAAGUGGAACACACCCAAUUUUGAAAGCAAUUGAUGGAGCCAAGGCACCAACCACAUUGCUCAAUGCAGGCGCUGAAUCCGACCUUGACUUUCAAAUUUCUUACCCACUUAUCUGGCCCCAGAACUCCAUUCUCUUCCAAUCAGACGACAUGGUCUAUGAAAGCAAUUAUACAUUCAGUGGCUUCCUCAACACCUUCCUGGAUGCUAUCGAUGGCUCAUACUGUGAUGAAAUCUCCCCAUUGGAUCCCCCUUACCCCGAUCCUCAAGAUGGCGGGUACAAAGGAUCUCUGCAAUGCGGCGUCUACGACCCACCGAAUGUACUCUCAAUCUCAUAUGGGAUGGCGGAAGCCGACCUGCCCAUCUCGUAUCAACAGCGUCAGUGUAAUGAAAUCAUGAAGCUCGGCAUGCGAGGUGUCUCCGUAAUUGUUGCAUCAGGUGACUCGGGAGUAGCAGGACGCAACGGGGAUCCUACGGCAAGCAACUGCUUAGGUGAAACAGGCAAAGUUUUCGCUCCCGAUUUUCCAGCCACUUGUCCCUAUAUGACCGCAGUUGGAGCGACCUACCUUCCCCCCGGUGCGAAGAUUCAGGACCACGGAGAGGUUGCAGUCACUCGCUUCCCAUCCGGUGGUGGCUUCAGUAACAUUUACGAGCGACCUAGCUGGCAGUCUCAGGCUGUGACGGACUAUUUCUCCAAGGCCAAACCAGAAUACCCAUACUAUGAAAGCGUCAACAACAAGAGCUUCGGUGCAAAUGGCGGUAUCUAUAACCGGAUUGGCCGUGGAUACCCUGAUGUCUCCGCCGUGGGCGAUAAUGUUGUCAUUUACAACAAAGGUCUGCCUACCUCGAUUGGUGGCACAUCUGCUUCCGCUCCCGUAUUUGCCUCGAUUCUUACUCGAAUCAAUGAGGAGAGAUUGGCCGCUGGAAAGUCCACUGUCGGAUUCGUGAACCCUACUCUCUAUGCCAAUCCAGAUGCCUUUUUCGAUGUCACCACGGGCAAUAACUCUGGCUGUGGUACUGCUGGCUUCUAUGCCGCCGAGGGCUGGGACCCCGUAACGGGACUUGGCUCUCCUAACUACCCGGCGCUGUUGAAGGUAUUUAUGAAUCAGUGA